AGGCUCGGAAAACUCGCUUUCCAGCAUUGCUGUUGGCAUGGCCGCAUAGGCGGCAAUUCAAUUUGCAGCAUCGUCGCUUGUGCAGGAAGAAAGUAUCGUCUUUAAGUGCUGCUUUUUAGAAGGGUUUGAAACGCAGCGGUAGAGAGAGCAAGGGACUCCAAGCGGCAGGAUGUCGCUUUCCUCGCUCAGAGUCCUCGACAAGGAUGUAACAAAUGCUCCCGGCAGAGACUCAGCUUUCAGGCCUAAUGUCAAGGCCCGGGUGCGGAGGGGCCAGACCGGCACGCCUGCCCCAGAAGCGGUCCCUGCGCCGCAGGCGCCCCCAUUGGAGACAACGGCCAGGCCUGAGCCCCUUGAUGCAGCGCAGCGACCCGCUCCCCCUUCGGGCCCCUUGUCGGGCCCUGCUAGAAGUGCGAGACUGCCUCCGAUUGUUGAGGCGGAGAGGCCUCGGGGGCGUGAGCCUGCUGCUGCUCCCCUGGGCGCCCUUGCCCCCCCGGCAGAUCCCAUUGCUCCUGCGACACUCCCCCAAGCGGCUGCACCCCCAGCUGCCGAUGGCCCCACCCAGAGUGCCGGAGCAAAGAGGAGGAUCCCCCACUCUACGACUGGGGGCCGGCGAAGGACUGCCUUCCGUGGCGGGCCCGAGGUAGACGAGCACUUCCUGGCAACGGGGGAGGUCAACACUGCCGGGAUGACCCUUAAGGACAUCCUCCGGAUGGCAGACGCAAAGGAAAAGGAGAGAAACGUUGACGAUGUACGGCGGCCCCCCCGGGAUGAAGAGGCUGAGGAGCGGCAGGCACGGGAGCGCUCUCCUGACGAGCCGGACGUCCGCGCGCUUGCCCCCCAAAUCCGAGUGGUUGACGGUCAGAUUGUGGUCGACCAGCAGAGUCUGACAGCGUCCGCACAGGCGUCCAACCCGGUCGUGUCGCACAGCUACCGGCGCGUCGAGGAGAGCGGGUCGCGGCUCAACUCGAACACGUACUCGAACCGGAAGCCCACCAAGCGGUGGACGGACGCAGAUACGGUCGUGUUUUAUAAGGCGCUGCGGCAGUUCGGCACGGACUUCACGACGAUCCAGAAGCUGUUCCCGAGCCGCAGCCGGCACCAGAUCAAGAACAAGUACCUCAACGAGGACCGCCACCACCCCAAGGCCAUCGAGGCGGCGCUCAACCAUAAGAGCAAAGAUAGCAGCCAUUACGAGGAGAUGAUCGCCCAGCUGCAAACGGCGGCCAACGCAGAAGCCGAAGAGAAUCUGGAGAAUGGAGCGCAACCAGACGGUGCGCAGAACCGGGGGGCGAGCGGGUCUACCGGGACGGCGCAGACGACCGCUUCAGUGGCUGCAAAUGCGUCCCAGGCAGCGGCCUCGGGUGUGGAUGACGUGGCCGGAACAUCAGGGCGGGAUGAUGACGUGGGAGAGCUGGAUCACGUGGGCUUUCCGGCGGCGUUGGUGGUUCCGUCCGGUGGCUCCCAGCAGGGCGCGAGUCAGCAGAGCACGGCGCCCACAGCGGGCGGUUUGUCGCAAGAGUCGCAGGCCCGGGCCACUGGAGUGGAAGGGCCGGUCCGGGAAGCCGAAGCAUCGGGUCCGCUCAACUACUUGCAGAGGUCGAUGCAGCGGAGGCUCGAACGAGGCUACCGAGACUCAGCGUUAUAAUAUUUCGGUUGGAAAGCUUUGCACAACUUUACGUAGCUUCAAAAAAUAGUAGAUGGUGUGCAGUACGCAUACUUUAGAGUGCGACAAGCUAUCUUUCUUACAAUGAAAGCGUCAGAAGAAAGUCAGUGUUCUCUAAGCGGCCUGUAGGCGGUUUGUUUAGAUGCAUCCAUUGCCCGAGGCCCAUCUGCAAUACAACUGCACCCAUCCAGUGCAUUAUUGUGAAUAAUAAUACAUUGCUUAACUAGUGGCAACUUCAGCUGGAG